AUAUAUAAUUAAACUUUGAGUCAUCGCCAAAUAUCCCAGCAACAUGCAUUACGGUUACAUUAGCUCCACCUGCUAAAAACAGAACAAAAUACAUGUUCAUGUAGAUUGGCUGCACAAAGAAACAUUCUCUUGUACUGCAUGCCACACAACAUGAUGCAUUGUUGAAAAAUGCUCUAAAUUAACAAGCAAAGUAAACUAGCAAAGAUUUCUGCAAGUUAAGAAACAAAAGCUAAGUUUUAUGUAUGUAAAUGUAUGUAUUUUUUCUUUCCAUAAUUUUCUGAGGUAAAUAUCAUUGCCUUUGUAGCAUAAAAAAGUUUCUCACGUCGAACACCCAUGUUUGAUAGCCUUUCCACAUGGGUAUAGGUGCAUUCAUACACAUGUACUCCCCACAUGUAACUAAGUAGUUUGAAUGCACUUUUUUAUGUCCUUUGUUCCUUCACUUGUGAUGUAUUGUCCUCAACUUUCAAGUCAUCAUUAUAUCACUCCCAAGUAUGUUCCAUUUAAUUAAGCAACUUUUCAAUGUUUUGAAAUACACAGACAAUUGGGGAGCCAAGGAGGAUGUUUGCAAUACCAGCUUACAGCAGUGUUUGUUAUAGCAGUGUCGUUUUGUACAUCUUUUCAUUUCUUUUCUCUCAACAUUUCUGGUGGGAAGCCACAGGAAAGCAAAAAUUUUACCUAAUAUUUUGAAAUGUGUAUUAGGGUUGGAGUUAUAAAGAAAGCAGUUCUUCAGUUAACAUAAAGGAAAAUCAAUUAAUUACAAGAUCAAAAAGUCUCCCUCGCAGCUUAUUAUUUACGGAGUGAAAUUCAAGUAAAAAUAACCAUUUUUAACCAUAACUUUUUAAAGAUUAUUUGAAGGGGCAUUUUGUACCUUAAUUUCCAGGGGGUGGGGUGCUGUGGACACCCCAAGUGCACUGCUAAGCUUGGCCAUGCACCUUUCCCUCUUUUCAGAUUUUCUCUGUGUCAUACAUGUAACACUAUUGGAAAACAUGCUCUUGGAAAAACAAACUUUGAGUUAUAUUUAGGUAAGUCAACUUCAUGGCUUCCACCCAUGACUCAGCUACAUGUGCCACCUUUUUUUUUUCAACAGGACCUAGAGGCGGGAAAGCAAUACACAAUCUGUAUAAGCACCGUGUUAUACAACGUGUCCCUGAACAAAGAGGCAGUGCUACGAGAUCAAUGUAGAGAGAUCAACACAAAAUCACUCUCUAUCAGUGAGAAGGGUAUAUCAGUACCUGUAAUGGUCACCAUCAUUGCCUGCGUCAUCUUACUACUGUUCAUCAUUAUGACUGUUGCUCUCUUUGUGCAACGUAAAUGCUUGAAGCAGAAAGUUAUCCCAGUGCGUGGAUUGAGAAAUGGUGCCACAGGAAACAGUGUUAACUGGGAAAGGGACAUCCCAUCUCCGAGAACCAAUGAUUCUACGCUGGGAGACGAGUAUGACACAGCUAAAGUGCGGCUUCCCAUAACACACAAUAUUGAGGCAUUUAGACCCAUCAAACCAAACACAAACCCAUUUUUAAGUCCAUCUCCAAUGCAUUCAUUUACCAAUGAUGGCAAUAUAAAUGAAUCUCAUUAUGGCAACCUAUUUCAAAGCAAUAACUCUCAAGUCAUCAUGCUGACACAACAGACAUGUGUUUCCCAUGGGUCAUCUGUACCGCCUGAUGUAGCAGAUACUAGCCCAUCAUGCAGCGCUGCUCACAUACCACAAUGUACUCCAAGCAGACGACUACAAAGAAUUGGGAGUGUACCACCAGCUAACAUACGGGCUCUACCUGUUACCAUAAGUAACCAUGUGAUGCGCUCAGCAAACGCAAGAGACAUGGAUGCAAGUGGAGAAUUUGAUUUGCACAGGACAUAUUUCUUCCCAAAGUUCUGAAUUUACCAAUAUUAUGGGGAAAAUGGAAGUUGAUAAUGUGCACUUGAUAAUACAACACUUCAGAGUCAACACUACGUUAUUACCAAAAUACCACAGCUGUUCAGAAUUACUGGAAACAAUUGGGCCAUUGUAAAUAAAGAAGAUAAGUGUUCCAAACAAGAAUAGGUAAAUAUCAUGCAAAUGUAACAAGGUUACAGGGCAGAUAGCUGAUAUUAGUUCCGUUAGGUAUUACAGUUGGCAUCUAGUUGCCAACUUGAAUUCCAAGGAAACAGAUUGGAAACAUCCAAUCCUGUAGUCAUCUUCAAUUCUACAGCUCACAACUGUUUUGGCCAUUGUAAAAUGCAAAAUACUGUUGUGCAUAUGUCCCACUUUUGCAGCCAGGUCAAAUAAAAUACAUGAUUCAUGAGUAAUGACCCGAUAAAGAAGGGAGUAAAAAAUCUGGAAUUUUUAUGCAUAUUCACAUUUGGGGCAGUUACUUUUGUAGAAGCUCAUAAGAAGCUUGUGAUGUAAUGGAUUCAUUCAUUCAUUUACAGUUUAUUUCUUAAUACCAAAUAGAAAGUCAAAAGACUAAAAAUAUUUGGUUUACAAUAUACACAAUAAGAGGUUAAAAUUGACAUAAAAAAAAAUAAAUAAAUUUAAUUAAUAACUGAAUAUUAAAAAAUUGCACAGAGUACGAUAUUUAAAGAACAAAUACCACAGAUUAGGCGAAUUAACAAUAAUACAUACUAUAAAAAAAAAAAAAAUAUGCAGUAAAAGACAGAGCCAACAAAUAAACGAUUACACCAACAUACAAACCAACCAACAUAAAUACAUGUAUAUGUACCAACCAACCAACAUACGAAACGACCAACAUAUCAACAACCGACAUACCAACCGACCAACAUACCAACUGACAACCUAGACAAGCGAUCAACAAAACCACCGACGAGCAUACCAACCAACCAACAUAAGCGACCGACAUACCAACCCAAUGACCAGAAUGCUAUCCUCGAAACAAAAAAUAUCGGUAUGACAGGCAUGACAGCUGCAUAACUAGACCUCUGAUACAACAACUAUUGAGUUUUGUCAAUCACUGUCGAGAGCUGGUUUCAUGGUAAAAGUCAGUUUUCACAAACUCAAGCAACACCUCAUGCAAAAGAACAGGUUACAAUCUGUUCAAAUCAUACUUUUUCUUUCAUACAGACAAACCUCACAAAAGAGGAAAAAACAUGCAAUUGAAUGAUUAAUUUUUGUAACCCUGAGUGGGGUUUCCCACCAAACGUUCAGCGCGGUCUAGCUUAAGGGGGCCGACUCAGUUGUUCAUUAACCCACUAGGCCAUACGCGAUUCUAGACUGCAGCUCUCAAGGGGUAUUAACGUAAUGACCUACAUUAAAAUAUGGCCUACGUAGACUCAACACGAUGAGGAUGCAACAUCUGAAAAGAAGAGACGGUGGUAGGGAAGAGCAAAAAGUGAACAUAUUUUGAGAGCAUAUGUAAACAAAUACAUGUAAUGUAAGUGUGUCACACACAAUGGACACACAUUAAAUGCCCAGCUAUCCAUCAUUUUUCCCGAUCGAUUGCCCAUACUUUUCAAAAUCACUGUUAUAACGCAUAUUAGACUGGUGGUCGAUGUGCUUAUAUGUCUUUAGGACCACUCCCUGUCACAGAUCAAAAGUACCUGCAUAAGUUAACUUAGUAGUCAGAAAUUCUUGUAACAGUUUUUCUUCUCACAUUACUAAUUUUUAUUCAUAUACAUGAAAACAAGUUCCCACAAUUCAAAACAUCUUCACAGUUUUUCACAUGAUUGAGAACAUAUUUUCACUUCUCUUAGAAGUGUGAAAAUUAUUCCACACUUUCUUGCAUAAGCAGAAAAAUACUCAAGUGCCUUUACAUACAUGUGGGAAACUAUUUUCACACUUUGUGAAAUGUCAAUGUGAAAGCGAUAUUUUCCCCCUUCCUAUCCACAUCGAUCGAUCGAAGUUGUCUUCAAGCUGCAAAAUACUAAUUUUGGAUGUUUUUGAUUUUGGAUUUUUUUUUUGCCCUGUGCAAAGUGUAUUU